ACAAUUAAAGCAAGUAAAAUCUUGAUGAAGCAAUUCGUCUCUCUGUCUCGCUGUCUCUCUGCAGCCAUUUACAUAGUUCUUUAUCGCCACUGGCUCCAGAAUUUAAGUUGACACCCAGCUUUUCUCUCGAAGUUAUGAAAGGGAGGCAAAGAGUAAGCCCUCUCUUUCACUUCUUAAUAAUAGCUAAUAUCUUGAUUAAGUAUUUGUUUUGUAAGCAUUUCACUUUCUUCAACACUUCUUUGGUUAUUUUUCUGUUUAAAUAUAGAGUAAGUUUCUCUUACAACUCUCUUGUUUUUUAAGUAUCUGAAGCUUACACUCUACGUAUUAAUUUUACUUUCUAUUUCUCCUUCAAAUAACUUUCUCAGAGUUAACUGCUAGUAGAUCUGGUUGUGUGUUGAGUAAAAGUUGCUUGAUGGUUAUUACAUGCGAAAUCUAUUUCUUCUUCUUUUUCUUUUUGGGUAAGUAACAAAUUGAAUGUCAAAAAUGCGAAAUCUAUUUCUGUUUAUACGUUACAGACUUAAAGCUUCGUUCUUUAAUCAUUUCUAAAUACAUUUAUCUUUCUUCGUUUGUCUUUGUCAAUCCAAUGCAUUUUUUUAGUUCUUCUCUAGCUAGUAUUCCAGCUCUUGCUAUUAAUUGAAAUUCAAGAUCUUUUUGCCUGGAAUCCAUGUUUUAUUGUAGCAAAUCCAAGCGGCUAUCUGCCUAAAUGUUAUUUUUAUACUUGUAAAGGUUUCUUUGGUAUGUUGCAGAAGCUCUUUGCUUCCUUUCGGUCGUUUUUUUUCAAUUGCUGGGCUUUGAGCUAAUUUUUGAAUCAUUACAAGUUUUUGCGUUGCCCAUGAUGAGAAAAUUAUAUAGGAAAUUGGCAUUGAUGAAGAACCCUUUGAUGGGUAUGAGAAAAAAUGCCAAUUCUCACUCAGGGAGGAUGUUUAGUGACAGAAAAUGGAUUCUUCCAUGUUUUGCAAGCUUACUUGUAUCGAUUACUCUAUUUUUGUCUGCUACUUUCGGGCUGUUCAACUCUUCUUAUAGCGGAGAUCAGUUACCAUUAGAUAUCGUUUCAUUUGCAAAAUCAGAUGAUUCAAGUGGGUAUUUUGUAGAAUCAGAUUUAAAGAAAUCAUUUGAUCCAAACAUUGAAUUGCAAACAGAAGCACCUAGAUUAGCUUAUCUUAUUUCGGGAACAAAGGGGGAUAGUCAUAGAAUGAUGAGGACUUUGCAAGCCAUUUAUCAUCCAAGAAAUCAGUAUAUUUUACAUUUGGAUCUUGAGGCUCCACCCCGUGAAAGAUUGGAAUUGUCUCUUGCAGUGAAGAGUGACCCAAUUUUUUUUGAAGUGGAUAAUGUGCGUGUCAUGGCGCAAUCCAAUUUGGUGACGUAUAAGGGUCCUACAAUGAUAGCUUGCACACUCCAAGCAAUUGCAAUUCUGCUAAAGGAGAGUUUGGAAUGGGACUGGUUUAUAAACCUUAGUGCAUCAGACUAUCCUCUUGUGACACAAGAUGAUAUGCUAUAUGUUUUCUCAAAUAUGUCUAGAAAUCUCAAUUUUAUCGAACAUACUCAGAUUGCUGGUUGGAAACUAAACCAUAGGGCAAAACCAAUCAUUGUUGACCCAGGCCUUUACCUGUCAAAGAAAUCUGAUAUUGCGUGGACCACUCAACGGCGAUCACUUCCUACAUCUUUCAAGUUGUUCACAGGAUCAGCAUGGGUAAUGCUCACACGAACAUUUCUUGAGUACUGCAUUUGGGGAUGGGAUAACCUCCCUCGAACUCUUCUGAUGUACUAUGCAAAUUUUAUCUCAUCGCCAGAAGGGUAUUUUCACACUCUUAUCUGUAACACUGAAGAAUUCCGCCAGACUGCAAUAGGCCAUGAUCUUCACUACAUUGCUUGGGACACUCCUCCCAAGCAGCACCCUAUCUCUUUGUCACUAAAAGACUUCGACAAAAUUGUUAAAAGCAAGGCUUCAUUUGCUCGCAAAUUUGCCAAAGAUGACCCUGUUUUGGAUAAAAUUGAUAAAGAACUUCUGAACCGCACAAGUCGGUUUGCACCUGGCGCAUGGUGUAUUGGGAGCUCAGAUGGUGGAGCUGACCCAUGCUCUGUGCGCGGUAAUGAUACUGUAUUUCGACCAGGCCCUGGUGCUGAGAGAUUGCGAGAGCUGCUUCAGACAUUGUUGUCGGAAGAAUUUCGUAACAAGCAGUGUUCAUGAUGAAAGGUUUCUGGGUACAUUGUCUAACCAUGACGGAAUAAUUUCAUGUGGCAAACUUCCUCCGGGAGGCGUUGAGUUGGGUUAAAUUAGCAACCCAUAUUCUGGGGAUGAGGAAAGUAUCACACAUUAUGUUGUGAAAGACUCG